AUGACCUCCAACUCAGGCUAUCCUGACGUCCACGGUAUUGUCCCUUCAUCUAUUCGUAGAAUUCCUUACGACCGCAUCGAACUUCGCUCCUCUGCCACUCCAAGGCCUGCCUCAGUCGAUCGUCGCAUUCUUCGUACUCCUGGUGCUUUGAGGACUCCUCGGGCAACUGUCCGGACAUCCCCUUACCAUAAUAGCCGCUCGCUGUCUCCAGAUCCUAGCUUCAAGCCAACCUCGAUUGCUGUAGAACUUACAUCUUGCGAUGGCUCCACCUCCUCCGACACUCGAUUUGAGGAUAUGCCAACAUUGGCGAACUCUCAACCCCGAAUUAUCUCCACCCGAAGUGCGACCUCUAGGGUUGAGAAGACAGCGGCACAAGAUGGAUUGGGAGAUGAAUCUGAUUCAGAUGAUAAGAUUGCAAAACCCUCGGGCGAAGUUGGUAAACCCAGUCGGGGAGGCUAUAACUUGCGUAUCAAAUUAGGAUGGGCGGACGAUAGGUUCGAUGAUGUUGAAAAAUUUAUCAAUGGACUCAUCGAAAGGAAGUUGAAUGUCACGCAACCUUUUGCUCAGCAGGAUCCUUCGGACAUCAAGGAGGCUUCAAGAAAGUUCCCAUUUCUCCACGAGUAUCGUAGUUACUGGGUCAUCGAUGAUUUCAUCAAAUGCAACUUGAAACAUCGAAUGCAAAUUGCGACAAAAUCUGGUGCUAGGAAAGGAAAAAUAUAA